UUUCUAGUCUCUGGAAGACGUGAUGAAGGACGUAGCUGGCGUGAAGAACCGCACGUACCGCAACUCGGCGUACAAGAUCCACCGCGCCAACAAGCCGCCGGUGUACCUCGCGGUCGAAUGCGCCACGCCCAUCCACACGCUGCACCUCGUACUCAAAAACCGCACGCUGUAUGACGAGCUGGACGGCAUCGACGAGGCAGAGGUGGUUCGCGACUUCACAGGCAUGCUGCGCUCUAUCAUUGCUAAGAGUCCUGAGUGCCAGAACCGCUGCGAGAUUGUCUAUUACGACAAUACAGACCCAGAUCAGAAUUUGGCUGACGUUCUGCUGGACAAGAUCCGCGAGCUCCAACCAGACUUUGAGGACAUUAUCAGAGGAGAAGCCAAUUAAAUGGUACAUUACUCUUAUUUAAUUUCAUUCCGCAAGGUAUGAUUUUUGUAGAUUUGUUAAAAACUAGUAGAAAAUAGUUUCGUAUUCUCUCCACCAGGCGGCGCCACUGUGAGUCUCAUCCAAAUUCGCCGAAAUCAAAAGUUAUCGAGUAAAACUCGCAUUGUUAUGAAUCAAAGUCUAUAUUCUGUUUUGAGAACAGCUAAAUUAUUGUUAUUGGAUAUUGGUGAUGAUGAUUGACCAAAUUAUUCUUAUUGAUCGAAAAUCAUUCUAUUACCGUUUACAAUUUGAAAUACAGUGAGUAUAAAUAUACAAUUUUUAAAAUAAAUGUUUUUAGAUUGCGUUACGCACGUUUGGUGAAAUUUCGUUUGUUUAUAAUGAAGGUGACGAUGCCUUGGUUUGUUUUUUCUAAGUUGACUAGUCAAAUGAUAAUUCGAAGUGUGUACCUACUUUAUUCUAGCCCUCAGUUAAUUACUACCUUUGAAAUCAAUUAGUUUGAUGGCGUCAAUGUGUUUUAGUGCCAUACGAAAUUAAAAUAUUAUAUUGUUUUAAAAUUUUUGAAAUGAAGGUUUAAAAACAUAAAUGACUGUUGAUUGAUACGAAGACUGAGAAGCAACGCAGCAUUUGUAAUCAACCUUAAUAUCUAUUUUAUAAAGGGGAAAAUAUUUAAUUUUAAGUAUGUUACUAUCAAAAUAGUAGGUAUUAAAGUAGAUCUCUAACAUCAUGACAAUGACUAUUUAUACAUUGCUUCUUUUUACCCGACAGCGCCAGAAGAAGGGUUAUUUCAUUACAUUUAGUAUCGUGACAAAAAGGUGCUAUUUGGCCUGUGACGUUGUGAUGAGUCAUCAUAAAAUUGUCACACGUCAUGUAAAUAUAGCCUAAGCUUUACAUAUUAAAAACAUAAAAGGACAGUAAUUUACCACUUGCUUAUUAAUUAUUAAGAAUGGAUAAAAUCCAUUCAAUAUCUUAGAUUAAGGAGACCUAAAACUUUAGUCGUAUUCAAA